GGAAACUGAGAUCCGGAGCGGCGGGGAGCUCUAGGGACAGGCUGUCGCCGACCUUUGCUUAUCGUCCGUCCUCUCAUUAAAUCCCCGUCUGCCAGAGACCUUUUCGCCGCCUGCGUGGUCGAGAUAGCGGCGCGGACAGUCCGUGACCUUUUACAGGCUCUGACUCGCCCAGCACCAGCCCCUGCCUCGCCACCCUCUAGGACUGGGAGAACGCGCCUGUGACGUCAUCGAAUUCCGAGUCCGGCCUCCGCCGCUGACGUCACAGAGGGGCAGCGCUGAGUCGCAGCGUUCCUAGGGGGACGUGAGCACGAGAGGCCAGAAAGUGGCCCAGCAAGGAGGAAGCCUUGCGGUUCCCAUCAGUACGUAGGAGCAGAACUACAACUCCCGACGCUCCCUGCACCUGUGCAAGAGAGCGCGACAAACUUUUGGACGAGAUUGCUAUCUCCUUGGUCCAACCAGAAGGCCGACUUUAGAGCGUCAUCCCACCCCUCUGUGAUUCUCAGGGCUGCUUCCUCGCGCGAGUGACGGGCUUCGCUGCCUUCUAGGGUUCAGAUUCCUCUGACGGACGUCCGAACCGAGGAAUCCGAGCUCGGAGAAGUCCAGAGGGUGUUGAAAAGCGUGGACGGUAGCCAAUAGUAUGCUGAAAGCGUCCGGCGCCGUCCAAUCGCUGCUCUGGAGCCCCGCCCCGACGCGUGACGCAGUAGGGUGGGUAGCAACAGUUGCCCCGGUGAGGGAAACGGAGGCGCCAUAGCCACGGUAGUCGUGGCGACCAAGCAACCCAGCAACGCCAGUCAACAACAACAACCGAGGCCGCCCCCCGCCCCCACGCCCCCGGCCCGGCCUGGGGACCCCGGCGCGCUCGGUCCCCUCUGCACAGAGCCCACGCACCUCCUCAAAGCCUUCCGCGGACACAAGUGCGGAGAAGCCGAGGAAGAGGAAAACCGCCUUAUUUAUUAUCAUUCACUGUUGGCAUGGCAACACAGUCCUAUGUUACUGAGCUACAGGCAGCCCCUCAAGCAUCCCAGCCGCCACAAGCCCCACCCCAGGCCCUGCCCCAGCCACCACCCCCAGCAGCACCCCAGCCUCCUGCUGCAGCAACUCCCCAGCCCCAGUAUGUCACCGAGCUGCAGAGCCCCCCGCCGCAGACGCAGCCUCCGGGUAGCCAGAAGCAGUAUGUGGCUGAGCUUCCAGCUGCCCCUGCACCCUCACAGCCUGCCACACCUGCCCCAUCCCCUGUGGCUCAGCAGUACAUCGUGGUCACUGUCUCGGAAGGUGCCAUGCGAGCUAGUGAGACUGUGUCAGAGGCCAGCCCCAGUUCCACAGCAAGCCAGACCGGUGUCCCCACCCAGGUGGUACAGCAGGUGCAGGGCAGCCAGCAGCGGCUGCUGGUCCAGGCAAGUGUGCAGGCUAAGCCAGGCCACGUGUCACCCCUGCAGCUUACCAAUAUCCAGGUGCCACAGCAGGCUCUCCCCACACAGCACCUGGUGGUGCAGAGCACAGCACCGGGCACAAAGGGUGGCCAGGUCUCCCUGACGGUGCACAGUGCCCAGCAGGUGCACUCUGCCUCUGAGAGGUCACCAGUGCAGGCCACCAACUCCACCAGCAAGACAGCUGGGGCUCCUGCGGGCACUGUGCAGCAACUACAGGUCCACAGCGUCCAGCAGAGCGUCCCUGUCACCCAAGAGAGGUCAGUAGUCCAGGCCACUCCACAGACCAAAGCUGGCCCGGUACAGCAGCUGACCGUGCAGGGACUACAGCCAGUUCACGUUGCUCAAGAGGUGCGUGUCUCAUCUCUCUGUGUCGGGGCAGUCAGACUGGUGCUGGGCUGUGAUUCACUGAUCAUGGCCUCAUGUCUGAUUCUCGGCAGCCGCUCUAGCACCUACCCCUACCCUGAGACGCCGAUCUACACACAGCCAGCAGGCACCAGCUACUAUGAGGCUUCAGGCACAGCCCCCCAGGUCAGCACACCCGCUACUUCCCAGACUGUGGCCAGCAGCGGCUCAGUGCCCAUGUAUGUGUCCGGCAGCCCGAUUGUCGCCAGCUCCUCCAGCAGCGAGGCUGGGGCCAGCAACAGCAGCGUGGGUGCAGGGGGCAGCGGGGGAGGUGGCAGCAGUGGCAGCGGCAGCGGCAGCGGCGGCAGCGGUGGAGCAGGCACCUACGUGAUCCAAGGCGGCUAUAUGCUAGGCAACGCCAGCCAGUCUUACUCCCACACCACCCGUGCCUCACCAGCCACAGUCCAGUGGCUCCUGGACAAUUAUGAGACCGCCGAGGGCGUGAGCCUGCCACGGAGCACUCUCUACUGCCACUACCUGCUGCACUGCCAGGAGCAGAAGCUGGAGCCCGUUAAUGCCGCCUCUUUCGGCAAGCUCAUCCGCUCGGUAUUCAUGGGUCUGCGCACGCGCCGCCUGGGCACCAGGGGCAACUCCAAGUACCAUUAUUAUGGCUUACGGAUCAAAGCUAGCUCGCCCCUGCUGCGGCUGAUGGAGGACCAGCAACACAUGGCCAUGCGAGGCCAGCCUUUCUCCCAGAAACAGAGGCUCAAGCCCAUCCAGAAGAUGGAGGGCGUGGCCAACGGUGUUGCCGUGGGGCAGCAGAGCACAGGGCUGUCAGACAUCAGCGCCCAGGUGCAGCAGUACCAGCAGUUCCUGGAUGCCUCCAGGAGUCUCCCUGAUUUUGUUGAACUGGACCUCCAGGGCAAAGUGCUGCCUGAGGGCGUCGGCCCCGGGGACAUCAAGGCCUUCCAGGUCCUGUACCGGGAACACUGUGAGGCCAUUGUGGAUGUCAUGGUAAAUCUCCAGUUCACACUGGUGGAAACGCUAUGGAAGACCUUCUGGAGAUAUAACCUUAGCCAGCCUAACGAGGCGCCACCGCUGGCCGUGCAUGAUGAGGCAGAGAAGCGGCUGCCCAGAGCCAGCCUGGUGCUCCUCUCCAAGUUCCAGCCCGUGCUGCAGUGGACCAAGCACUGUGACAAUGUGCUGUACCAGGGCCUGGUGGAGAUCCUCAUCCCUGACGUUCUGCGGCCCAUCCCCAGUGCCUUGACCCAAGCAAUCCGGAACUUUGCCAAGAGCCUGGAGAGCUGGCUCACCCAUGCCAUGGUGAACAUCCCUGAGGAGAUGCUGCGGGUGAAGGUGGCAGCAGCCGGCGCCUUUGCACAGACGCUGCGGCGCUACACGUCACUCAACCACUUGGCACAGGCAGCGCGGGCCGUGCUGCAGAAUACCGCGCAAAUCAACCAGAUGCUGAGCGACCUCAACCGUGUGGACUUCGCAAAUGUGCAGGAGCAGGCCUCGUGGGUGUGCCGCUGCGAGGACCGUGUGGUACAGCGUCUGGAGCAGGACUUCAAAGUGACGCUGCAGCAGCAGAACUCACUGGAGCAAUGGGCUGCCUGGCUGGACGGCGUCGUGAGCCAGGUGCUCAAGCCCUACCAGGGCAGUUCAGGCUUCCCCAAGGCUGCCAAGCUCUUCCUCCUCAAGUGGUCCUUCUACAGCUCCAUGGUAAUCCGGGACCUGACCCUGCGUAGCGCUGCCAGCUUCGGCUCCUUCCACCUUAUCCGGCUACUCUAUGAUGAGUACAUGUACUAUCUGAUCGAGCACCGUGUGGCCCAGGCCAAGGGCGAGACCCCAAUCGCCGUCAUGGGAGAGUUUGCAAACCUGACCUCCUCGCUGAAUCCCUUGGAUCCUGACAAAGACGAGGAGGAAGAGGAGGAAGAGGAAAGUGAAGAUGAGCUGCCACAAGACAUCUCGCUGGCGGCAGGCAGCGAGUCCCCUGCGCUGGGCCCAGAAUCCCUAGAGCCACCUGCGAAGCUGGCACGGACUGACACACGUGGCCUCUUCGUGCAGGCCCUGCCCUCCAGCUAAGCCCGAGACAUCCCUGCCCCAUCCACCCACCUACCCGCAGCUACUCUCCCUCCAAGGGUCAGGGUCAGUCCCUCCGAGCCAGGGUCCGGUCCCUCAGCUUUUGAGGCUUUACUGUCACCCUUCCAGCCCACACCAGAGCUGGAGAGGGUCCCUGUGACAGGGAAGGCUAGGGGAGCCUCCCCUCACACGGAGCCGGUACAAUCAUGGGCUGGGCUGGGCAGAACUGAAGCUGCAAACCCUGACACAAAAGACGUGCCUUAAGGAACCUGCCCAGGUGCCCUCUCUCCUGCCCAAGCUCGUAGCCCUGUUCCCCUACACCACCCCAGAGGGCAGCAGGCUGGCUCCUCCCCUGCGAACUGUUAAGUUAUUCUGCUCUCUGGCUUUGCACAGCCUGCCCGGGCAGACCCGAGCCCGGUCAGGCGCAGGUGGGUGGCACUCCAGGACACCCACUCUCAGCAGCAGCAGCCCCACUGCUCCCUUUCUUGGUAUAAGUGCAAUUAAAGCUGUGGGUGUCGCACCUUCUCCAGAGCUGGGUUCUCCUGGCCCCGCAGCCCAGAGAGGGGCAUAUUGUGAAGGGCCCCUGGCCUCCAGCUUCCAAAGAGGAGCAUCGGCUGGCUGCAGGGCCAGGUGCUCCAGACCUGAGGCCGCGCCCUGCGCCUUCCACCCUACCGGCUUGUGACCGAAACCUGCUCCCAGAGACGCUUCUCCUCUGUGCCGUGCCCCUGCCCCCUGUAACUAUUGUGUGAUUAGUGAGUGCCGCUUGAGCGGAGUCAGUAACUCGUUGGGUUUUUUUCCAACCAUCAUGGCCUUAUCCGUUCCCGUUUUCUCAGUGUCUUCAAUCUGUGAUAGAUGUUUAUGGAAAAAAAAAAAAAGGAAAUCUGGCCUAUUGUAUAGAAAUCACUAUUUUGUGUGCUCCGCGUGCUACAGCUUUUGGGGUGGUCCUGCACACUCCCCAUGGGGCCUCCCUUCCCAGUGGUGAAAGUAUCCAUGCGCGUGGUAGUUUAGUGUGCUGUUUUCUACCUUUUUGUAGUCUUUCUUAAAACAAUAAAUACUGCUGUGAUCUUUGUCUA